UCUCUUGAGUUGAGUGUGGCGUUUAGUAAACAAUGAUUUUAUCGUGAGAAACGUUUAUUGUAAACAUUAAUUAUUAAAAUGUUUCUAUUGACGACAUCUUUGAGUUUUAUCUUAGUUUUAAUGGAAACUUGGGCUAUUCCUGAAAAUCCUAAAUCACUAAAAGUUGCAUUUUUUCUGAAUGAAGAUGCUGCGCUCGACAAGCUUGCAAUUACGAGUGCGACAAACUACAUUAAUAAUUACGCCGCCACUCAAUACUCUCUCAACUUCAUCCUCGACCCUAAAAUAUAUCGAAUUAAAAAGAACGAAAUAUACAACGUUGGAAAUCUCGCUUGCGACGCUAUAAGGGAGGGCAUCGCGGCCAUUUUCGGUCCAGAAAAUGGUGAAGCAAAUGAAAUCAUUCAAUCAAUGGCUUUAAGUCUUGAAAUUCCGCAAUUUCAAACGUACUGGAAUCCAAAUUUUGCCUCUUACGUCGACUUGGGAAAGGCCGACAAGAAGGAAACAUUCAACUUUAACUUAUAUCCAAGUCCAAGCAUUCUCUCGAAAGCUUUCGCUACUUUAGUCAGGGAGAAUGACUGGAAGAGUUACACCAUCAUUUACGAAAAUGAUGAUGGACUUGUUAGACUUCAGGAAGUUCUUAAGGCGCUAAGUCCUAAUAAUCCUUCGGUUAGGUACCGGAAGCUGGACUUUGGGCCCGACCACAGGCCCAUCUUGAAGGAAAUUGUGGCUUCGGGUGCCCUUCACAUUAUCUUAGAUUGUGAAGCCGACCACACUAUUGAUAUUCUCUCGCAAGCAAAGGAAGUAAAGCUCUUCGAGGAGUAUCACACUUACAUGAUAACUUCAUUGGAUGCCUACACUAUAGAUUUUCGUCAGUUGGGGGAAAUAAAAACAAAUGUUUCAAUUAUACGAAUGUUAAACCAGAAAGUGGUCGAUACAGUAAUUGACAACUGGGAACUCGUUGAUUUAGAACGAAAGCUCAAAAUUCCCAACAAGUUGAUAAAGGUCAACACUGCUUUCCUCUUCGAUGCUUUAAAUUUAUUCAUAACUGCUUACUCAAACUUGGACCGCGAGCAAGAAGUGGAUGUAAAAUCACUGAGUUGUGGCACAAAUGAAAUUUCAACACACGGUUAUCGACUGUCGGCUUUUAUUUCAAUGCUUAAUAUGACGAAAGGAAUGCUGGGGGAACCGAUAUCGGGUCUUUUAAAUUUUAAUUCUUUAGGACAGCGAAUCUCACUCAAAUUACAAAUCUUGGAAUUGAAGAAAGAUGAAUUUCGAGUGACGGGAAUUUGGGACUCGAAUACGCCCGAUGUGAUUCAUUCAACGAUCACUUCCGAGGAUCGUGAGAAAGAAUUGGAACAACAACUAAAAGGGAGAACUUUCAGAGUAGUUUCAAGAAUAUAUCCCCCAUAUUUGUCGCGCAAACCCGGAAUUGACAGCAGCGUAAUGAGCGGAAAUAACGCUUUUGAAGGAUACGCCAUGGAUCUGAUGAAGGGCAUUUGUGAAUUAUACGAGUGCAACUAUGUCUUUGAACUAGUUCCGGACAAUAAUUACGGAAAAUAUGAUCCCAAAACCAAAGAAUGGAACGGCUUAAUUGGACACUUAUUGGCUAGAAAAGCCGAUUUGGCUAUUUGUGACUUAACGACAACAUACGAACGAAGGAAAGCGGUAGAUUUCAGCAACCCUUUUAUGACUCUUGGGAUCAGCAUCCUGUAUACAAAAAUCGUUAAAGAGCCUCCCGAUCUGCUCUCCUUCACGAAUCCUUUAUCUCUCGACGUUUGGCUUUAUAUGGUAACUGCGUAUAUGGUUAUAUCUAUGAUUAUUUUCCUCGUCGCGAGACUGAAUCCUAAUGAAUGGGAGAACCCUCAUCCGUGCAACCCAAAUCCGGAAGAACUGGAGAAUAUCUGGAACAUAAAGAAUUGCUUCUGGUUGACAUUGGGCUCCAUCAUGCAGCAAGGCUGUGACAUAUUGCCGAAGGGAAUUUCGACCCGGAUGGUGGCAGGCAUGUGGUGGUUUUUUACCCUGAUUAUGAUCUCAUGCUAUACAGCCAACUUGGCCGCUUUUCUCACCCAAGAAAGGAUGGGCCCCACCAUUCAAAGUGCUGAAGACUUGGCUGGUCAAACGAAAAUUAAAUACGGCUGCCUCAAAGACGGAGCCACGGCGUCGUUCUUCAGAGACUCCAACGUCACAACUUACCAUAAAAUGUGGGUAGCUAUGGAAACAGCAGACCCCAGUGUUUUUGAAACAUCAAAUAUCGAUGGGGUCAAGAGGGUAAUCAGCAAUAAGGGAAAAUAUGCAUUUUUUAUGGAGAGUUCUUCUAUUGAGUAUGAAGUGGAGAAACAUUGCGAGUUGGUGCAAGUGGGAAACAGGCUAGAUACCAAAGGAUAUGGGAUUGCUAUGCCCACAAAUGCUCCCUACCGAACGUCAAUAAAUCAAGCGAUAUUAAAGAUGCAGGAGAUGGGCCGGCUGCAGCGACUCAAAGAAAAAUGGUGGAAGGAGAAAAACAAAGCUAAUACUUGCAAGAAAGACGAAGACUCAAAGAGUGAUUCGGCCAACGAACUGAGUUUGGCUCACGUCGGAGGGGUUUUUGUCGUACUUGUCGUUGGGAUGAGUAUUGCCAUGGUUAUAGCUGUUUGUGAAUUUUUAUGGCACGUUUGGAAAAUUGCAGUUACACAACACGUAGCCCUAAAGGAAGUCUUUUUGAAAGAACUUAGAUUUGCAAUGGAUAUUUGGUGUCGCCAGAAACCGGCGAAUCCUGCCGCCAAUUUGAAUCUAAGCAGAGAGACUUUACGACAAGGCGAUUGAGCCAAAUGAAAAAAUAUGUGAAAUAAAACUUUUGAAUAAAAAUAAAUUGUUUGAAAACU